AUGGAUCCAAUCAAGUAUGUAUUCAAAAGCCCAUUCAUACCCGGAAGAAUAGCAAAGUGGCAGGUUAUACUUUCUCAAUAUGACAUUGUUUACAUGAUAAGAAAAGCAGUAAAAGGAAGCGUGAUAGCAGAUCUCCUGGCAGAAAACCCAAUCGAUGAUUAUGAGGCUCUAGAUUUCGAAUUCCUAUAUGAGCAUAUUAAUAUAGUAAGUAGUGGUGCUAAGGGGCAAGAUGAUGUGUGGGAGAUGUAUUUCGACAAAGUAGUUAAUUUGUCCGAUAAUGGGAUUGGGGCAGUGUUAGUAUCCCCAGAUGGGAAACACUUCUCGAUAGCUGUCAAACUAAGGUUUGACUAUAUCAAUAACAUGGCAGAGUAUGAAGCCUGCAUGAGUGGUUUACAAGCUACCAUUGAAAUAAAGGUAAAGAAAUUGGAGGUGUUUGGGGAUUCAGCCCUGAUCAUUUAUCAUGUCAAAGGGGAAUGGCAGACUAAAGAUCCAAAACUAAUCCCGUACGAGAAAUAUCUCCUCGAGCUAAUCAAGGAGUUUGAAGAAAUUUCCUUCACUCACUUGAGCCGUGACAAAACCAAUUCACUGAUGCCUUAG